GAAGAGAUGGACGCUUUUCUUGGUCUUCUUAUAAAUUUUGGAGCUGUUCAUGGUAACAAGGAACCAGUUUAUGUUUUAUGGAGUCAAGACCCAGUUUUGUGUCGUCCAAUAGUAUCAGCUUCGUUGUCUCGCAACAGAUUUCAGCAAAUAAUGAGUUUUUUGAGAUUUGAUAAUUUUGAAACUCGCGAAGAACGAAAAACUGUUGACAAAUUGGCACCAAUACGGGAUAUAUUCGAUAUAUUUGUAUCGAAUUGUAAAAAAUCUUUCAAUCCGAACGGUCAUUUAUGUGUUGACGAACAGCUAGUUCCAUUCCGAGGAAAGGCUCCAUUCAGGGUUUACAUGAAGAGUAAACCCGACAAAUAUGGGAUCAAAAUUUGGGCUCUUGCGGACUGUGAAACUGCCUACACAGUAAAUAUGCAGGUUUACCUAGGAAAAAUUGGUAACAAACCAGAAAAGGGUCAAGGUCAGAGGGUGGUCUUGGAUAUGGUAAGCCAUUUAGGACAGGGAUAUGGAAUUACUACUGACAAUUUCUUUACCAGUAUUGAACUGGCAGAUAAAUUGUUACAGAGGAACCUAACACUAUGUGGAACUUUACGGCGAAAUAAGCCAUAUAUACCUAGCGAGUUACUUCCCGCCAGGUACAAAAAAGAUUUUUCAAGUAUGUUUGCCUUCAUGAAAGACAAAACACUGGUCUCGUACGUUCCAAAGAGAAACUCCGCUGUCGUUCUUUUGUCAACUGAACAUCGAGACGACAAAAUAAGUGGUGCUGAUAAUGAUUAUAAGCCUGAUAUAAUACUACAUUAUAAUAAAACCAAAGGAGCUGUAGACACGACUGACAAACUUGCUAAAGAAUACACCACCCAAAGGAAGACCAACCGGUGGCCUAUGGCAAUUUUCUUCCAUUUGCUGGAUAUUGCAGCUAUCAAUGCUUACAAACUGUGGAUUCAUGCUAACCCAGAGUGGAAAAAAGGUCGUUUAGAUAAAAGAAGAAUGUUUUUAUUGGAACUAGGUCAUCAAUUAGUAAGAAAUAAUAUUAUUUGCCGCUAUAAUAAGGAUCGUUCAUUGCACGAAAAAAUUAAGCAAAAUAUGGUAACCGUUUUACCUGAACUGAAAACAGAUAAGGAAAAUAGAGAGCAGGUUCCAAAUCAGAAAAAAAGUGGCCGAUGUCACAUAUGUCCGAGGAAUGCUGAUAAAAAGUCUAGAAAACAUUGCGUCCAGUGUUCAAAAUUCGUAUGUGCCGAACAUUCUAACAUUACAACAAUUUGUAAUUCAUGCAAUAAAUAAAUUUAUAGUUAAAAAUUAAUCAAACAUGUACU